UUCAGAGUUCCCUUCACUAGAACUAAGGGGCCAAGCCCAACCCCUGAAAACCAACCCCAAACCAUAAUCCCCCCUCUACCAAACUUUACACUUGGCACAAUGCAGUCAGGCAAGCAUCGUUCUCCUGGCAACCGCCAAACCCAGACAUGUCUAUCUGAUUGCCAGACAGAGAAUCGUGAUUUGGCACUCCAGAGAACAUGUCUCCACUGCUCCAGAGUCCAGUGGCGGCGUGCUUUACACCACUGUAUCCGAUGCUUUGCAUUGCUUUUAGUGAUGUAAGGCUUGGAUGCAGCUGCUUAGCCAUGGAAACUCAUUCCAUGAAGCUCUCUACGUUGUUUUGCUAAUCUGAAGGCACAUGAAGUUUGCAGAUCUUUAGCUAUUGACACUAUUGACAGUUGGUGACAUCUGCACACUGUGUGCUUCAGCAUGCGCUGACCCCGCUCUGUCAUUUUACGUGGCCUACCACUUUGUGGCUGAGUUACAGUUGUUCCCAGCUACUUCCACUUUGUUAUAAUACCACUAACAGUUGUUCGUGGAAUAUUUAGUAGCAAGGAAAUGUCACGGAUGGACUUAUUGCACAGGUGACAACCUAUCACAGUACCACGCUUGAAUUCACUGAGCUCCUGAGAGCGACCCAUUCUUUCACAAAUGUUUGUAGAAGCAGUCUGCAUGCCUAGGUG